AUGGGAAGUUUCUCAGUACUCCCACCUGAAGCAAGAAGGUUAGUAGGAAAAGUAACACUAAUUACUGGUGGGGCUAGUGGCAUUGGUGCAGCCACUGCAAAACUAUUCUCCAAACAUGGAGCUAAAGUUGUAAUCGCAGACAUGCAAGAUGAAUUGAGUCACUCUGUAUGCAAAGAACUAAAUCCUCAAUCCACAACCGUUGUCCAUUGUGAUGUCACCAAAGAAACUGAUGUGGAAAAUGCUGUUAACCAUGCUGUUUCCAUGUACGGUAAGCUAGACAUUAUGUACAACAAUGCUGGUAUUAGUGGAGAAUCCCAAUACAACAUCCCUGACAACACCCAGGCUGAUUUUGAGCAAGUGAUUAGAGUCAACCUGGUAGGUGCUUUCCUUGGUACCAAACAUGCAGCCCGUGUGAUGAUCCCAGCUCGCAAGGGUAGUAUAAUCAGUACUGCUAGCAUAUCCUCAAUCAUGGGAGGCACUGCACCGCAUGGCUACACAUGCUCAAAACAUGCUAUGGCUGGAUUAAUGAAAAACACAGCAGUGGAGCUCGGACAUUUCGGCAUUCGUGUGAAUUGUGUGUCUCCCUACGCGGUUCUUACACCUUUGACAAAGGCAUACUAUAAGCUGGGUGAGGAAGGAAUUUCUAAUUUUUAUUCCAACCUCAAGGGUAAGCUUCUCACGGCAGAGGAUGUGGCUGAGGUUGCGCUCUUUCUUGGAAGUGAUGUCUCAAAAUAUGUGAGUGGACAUAACCUUGUCAUAGACGGAGGCUUGAGCGUUGUGAAUUCAGGCUUUUGUAUGUAUCCACAAUAA